AUGAGCCCCGCGCCCGGAGGAGCCGGGCUGGACGCGGCGGCACCGGGGGUGGGGGGGGGCGGGCGACUUGUCGUGGCCGCGGAGUUUUCUCAGGAGGCCGUCGCGAGCUUUGUGGCGGCGCGAGGCGGCAGAGUGAGGAGCGCCGAGCUCACGGGGCACUUCGGGGCCGCGUUCCCGGACGAGCCGCGGCGGAGGGCGGCCGCCCGCGACGCGUUCAAGAGCUGCGCGGACGACGUCGCGUUCGUCAGAGCCGAGUGCGGAGUCAAGUUCGUCUGCCUGAGGAGGAGGUUCCGCCGGCCGGUCGAGGAGCGGCCGAGCCCCGGCGUCAGCGGCGGGACAGAAGCUGGACCGGGACAGGUUUUGAACCGGGACAGAGGUGCUCGGCGGGGGGGCGGCGCGGGGGCACUCCGCGACCCGGCUGCGGGCCACCCGCAGCAGGCGCCGCCGGGCUCGGGUUGCGGAAGUGACAGCCGCCAGGUGAGAGGGGCCCGGCGCCACGCCCCUCGCGGCGGUGCCACGGCGCGUCGCUCCCUCGAGUCUGUGUGCGGAGCCGAAGAGGCGGGCGGCGGCGCAGGUGAGAUGGGCAACACGGGGAGCCUUUGGGGCGAGAAGAGGGGCUCCGGGAGGGGGCAGGCGGGGGCGGCAGCGGCCGUGCCGGCCAUAUCAGUGACUGAAGCGUCGCCUCUCCCUGUGGAGGGAUCUGUGUUCACCCUGCCUGAACCUGUACCUGUACCUGUACCUGUACCGACCGGUAGUACAGGGCAGGCCCAUGCAGCUGCUGCUGGCCUCCGUCCCACUGACUCACAGGCUUCGCCUGCGGAGCACAUUGAUGCUGUGAGCGGGCGCAGGAACUCCACGGGGUCGUCCAGGCACGACGGCGACGAGGAGCAGUACGACAGCGGCAGUGAGGGCAACGGGACCCCCAAAGGCAGCCGCAAACACUUCAUCCGGGUCAUGAUGGACACGUCCCCCCAGGUGAGGCGCAGCAUGGUGCUGCGCAGGUCCAUCUGCCUGUCCUCCGGGGGCGACGGCGACUCGGCCUCCCUGGUCUCCUCCACCCUGGAGGAGGACGGGACCUCGGUCACCCUGGACCCUCUGGAGCAUGAGUGGAUGAUGUGCGCGUCGGAUGGUGAGUGGGGCAGCCUGCAGCGCCUCCUCACCGCCGAGCCGGGCCUCGUCCUGAGGAAGGAUUUCAUCACUGGGUUCACCUGCCUGCAUUGGGCCGCCAAGCUCGGCAAGCCCGAGCUCAUCGCGCUGAUCUUCAACUUUGCCAAGGAGCAGACCAUUCCCAUCAGCGUCGAUGUGCGGUCGAGCGCCGGCUACACCCCGCUGCACAUCGCCGCCAUGCACAACCACAUGGAGGUGGUGAAGCUCCUGGUGGGCGCCUACAGCGCUGAUGUGGAGGUCAGGGACUACAGCGGAAGGAAGCCCUGCCAGUACCUCACGGACGGCGUGAGCGUGGACAUACGGGACAUCAUCGGAGCUUACGAGCAAUCCCACUCGGAGAACGCAGAACGAAGGGACAGGGGCCCCUGGAGGUUCUCCAGGGUCCUCCAGUCUAACCUGAAGCCCCUCAGGCUGCUGCACCCCGGCGACGGCGACUCUGUCGACGGGCAGGGCCCGGCCAGAGAGAAGCCCCUCAGGAGGAUGUCCUCUCUCAGCAGGAUGAGGCCCAAAUUGCAGCGGCUCCGCUUGAGGACGUCGCAGAUUGUCCACAGCACGUCCUUUCACAGCGCGGAGGAGGUGGUGGCGGGGUCCGGGGACGGCCCCCUCAAGUCCAGACCCAAGACACAUUUCUUUGGGUGGGACCAGCGCGGACACGACGGGAGCGGACACGGCGAAUAGGUGCUGACACUGAAUGUUGACGGAGAUGUGGUCGAACGACACAACUUUAACAUUCCGUCCAGAGGCCGGGCCAGAAGAACAAGAGACAGGCUGGAGCUGCUGGGAUUCAAUGUGAUAUUAUAUGUUGGUAUUCACUUUUUCAGAAUGUGAUCCUUUCUUUUGCCAAACAAUCAUUGAAACCUUGAUCCUCGUGAAACUACCUUCACAACGAACAACUUUACCACUUUGUGUCUCUCUGCUCCAACUAGUCAACUAAUCAAAUGAAUUACAUGCAAUGACGCCCCAUGGCACCAAAUUCAUUUAUUUGAGUUUCUCCUUUGAAAAAACAGCAACAACGACAACGAUAUUGUUCAUGAUGUGAAUCCAUGUUGACAGAAGCAUGCAGUGAGAACCUUCCACCGAUAUAUUCAUGCACACUGUGUCACAAUGUGUAUCCGCUUGAGAAGACGGGUCCGGCCAGACGUUUUAAAACCUGCCGCAGCUGGAUUCUCUCUCGAAACUAAAGCCUCUUUACCUUUAAUCUGUAAUCUGGAUCCCCGCAGAUUUGUCAGUCACAAGGUUGGGAAGUGUGAAGCCAAGGCGGCGGGAUUACAACGAGACACGUCUGCUCUUUGCUCGGUUUACUUUUCGGACGCAAUGAUUCGAGGGUUUUGGCCUCGUGGUCGGCGCGUCGGCCUCACGCACCCGGGGCUGCGGUGGUUUCGAGCUCCGACCAGCGCAGUCGGUAAGUCAACAACAGACAAACGUUGUCCCAAAAUCGCCUACUGCCCCUUUAAAUUACUCUUUAUUUUUUAGCUCUGUGGGUAAAGUUAUACGGAAUUUACCCUCAGAUUUUCUUGCAUCAUGUCAUCGAAGCUGCUUUGGCCACAUGCAAGUGCAGCCCUGAACUUUACUAGUCAUCACCCAGAGGAGCUUUUUUGUGUCGACACACCGGUCAACCUGGACUUCACCCUGCCAUGGAGCGAGUGUGUGAAUGGAAACGGUCGUUGCCUGGAGAAUUCACAGCGAGCGAGUGGGCGUGUGUGUUACUUCUCCUGCAUGCUCCACCCAGAAACUGAAUGUGUUUAUGACAGUGUGUAUUUCCUGUAAGAAAGCAUCUCACUAGGACAAAGACACAUCCAGAGGUUCAUGUCGGGACAUCGUCCUGUGUCCAAAUGUGAAAAACAGCAAAUUCCCGGACGUGUGGAAAUACUAAAAGCCAAACGGCUCUGUGGUAUUUACUAGGUGCAGCGUUUUGUGUGGAUGAAUCCUCUGGGUACGGCACUGCCCUGCAACAACGGGUUACUUCAGUGGGGACACAAAGUCCACAUGUAUGAUAAUAGUGAGUUCCGAGACACGAGGCAAACGUCGCUGCUUCAAGUCCCAACUCGACUUCAGCCUCGUAUUGCACAAGCCUCUCACUGCGAGGCUUACUGAAGGUCCUUAAACUCGAAGCCCGUGGACAUGAAUGCAGAUUGGUUACAUGUCUGGCGUGUCCUUUCUCUGAUGUUAUCAGGAAUACAGGAAGAGGAGAGGAGUCUCUGACUGGAGAGCCAGUCCCUUCGCUCAUAACUCGUCUCCAGUAGAAACCAACUGAUACAUUAUUUUGGCGUUUGCCUCAAAAAGCAUCAGUUGAGCUGUGACAUUGUUUUUUACAUUCAUUGUUGAAGCAGCAAUGGGCAAGUCUGCUGGGUAUUUAGAUCAGUCGAUGAAAAGUUGGCAAGCAAGUUUAAUAAGUCGGAUUUUGAAGUAUGAAAGCAGCAUUAUUUAAUAAUUUUGGCCAGGUAAUCGUGCACGUCCCUAAUCAUAAGUUCUUUUUUUUUUUAAUACUGUUUGAAUCUUGACAUUUGAACUCUAAAAAUGUGCCUUAGGAUUGUCUAAAAAGUCAUAAUUAUGAAACACUCAUUGUUUUCAAUACUCAUGAGCAUUAUAAUUCCUAUAGUCAUCUUUCUUGCCUUUAGAUUUAUUUACAUUUUUCAACGGUAGCGUUGGAUUGGAUUUCCUUCUCAGACACCUGAAGUGUUCAAUGUUGAGCUGCUGGCUGCAGAUGAACUACAGUACAGUACAGUAACUACACUACACUGCAGUAUAGUAACUACAGAGUAGUGCAGUACAGAACAGUGUAGUACAGUCACUACAGUACAGUGCAGAACAGUACAGACAUUGCAGUACAGUAACUGUAGUACAGUAAAUAUAUUGCAAUACAGUACAGACAGUGCAGUUCAGUAACUACAGACAGUACAGUGCAUCAUGGUGCUGCAGUGAUCAGCACUUGUGGCCUCAAACCAACAAGGUUCUGGGUUGUCAGUUAGGUUCAUUGUCGACUCUGAAUCUUCUGUAGAUGUGCAUGUCAGCGUGAAAGGUUAUGUCAACCCGGGUAGAGACCCCAACCUCUCGCACUGCGUUAGCUGGGAUUGGCUCCAGCCCCCCGGUAGAUCGAGCUGAUGGAACAAAUACGAUUUAACAAAGUACUUUUUACAUUAGGUCUCGAAACUUUUCUGUGUAUUCUGCGUCAUUUCUGUGUAUCUGUAACUAUCCCAGCUUACAGAUGUUAGAUUUUUGUGCAAGGCGCACGUUUGACCAGAAACAGGUCUUAGAUUUUGGUUUGCACAUUAUUCGUUCCGUAUUAAACUUUAUUUUUAAAGAGCACGAACAACAGUGAAUGUUACGGUAAAGAAAUUAGAAUAUUCUUUGGGCAAGAAGUGGAGGUGUAUUUCAGUUGUUUAUUGAGUCGGGCACAAUAAUUAAAAUGCGAGACCCGCUGAUGUCACCUGGGUUACUGCUGUCUGGCUUGGGGCCAUUUUAAUGCUUUUGUAUGGUUGAUGUUUGUUCUUAAAUAAAACAUACAUCCUCGA